AUGAAUCUUAGAGAAGUCCUUUUUUUCGCUAAAGACAUUAAGAUGUCUUCACGCUUGUUGGCGAAUUGCUACCUUCAGUUACCUUUAUCCUGUCAUUCUUGUAUUCCCGUAGAGACACUGAAUUGGGCUAAGUGUACUGGUAGUAAUCCAGGAGUCAGUGAGGAUUAUACAAGUUAUACUUUAAACGAUUGGGAUACGGAUAGUUUCGCUUCCCUCGGAAUUCAAGAAAAUGACGAUGCCAAUGCCGUUAAUAUUGUGUUACGUAAUCUUGUCGAUUUUUAUCAUUAUGAUGUUUUGCAUCAUAUGAAUUAUUUACGGCCUUCAAUUGACAAAUUGGUCCAAAAUUCAUUAAGAGAAACCCCACAUUUCGCAAACAGCGAUUGUAUGGAUGCACUUUUGCAGGAGAAUGAAGCUUUAGUUAAAGAAAAAAAUAAGGUUCAAGAUGUUAUAAAAAGCUUAUCGAGUGAAAUAAAUAAUUUGCAACAAGAUAAAUUAGCUGAUCAACAUCAAAUCGAAAAACUUCAAUGGACUAUUCGAACGUUGACGCAAAAAGUUCAGGAGACUCAAGCACAAAAACUUAAUGAUAAUGACACGACUUGCAAUUCAUAUAUUGAUAAUUUGAUCCAGAAAAAAAAUUCUGAGCAGAUCCAAUCAUUAGUUCGAAAUAUAGAACUAGCCAAUAGGAAAAUUUAUCGACUAAAACAACUUAAUACAAAGUUUCUUGCGUUACGUUUUAAAAAACAAUCUAAAGGACUUGCUAAUUUACAAGGCUCUUACAAACUGAAUAAACAAAUAAAAUUUAAAUGUGACCCACAAGAUUGUCGUAAAUCAAAUGCUAUUUCUUCUAGUGCCCGAAGAACUUUUUUACUUUACUCGUACCGUCGGAAGGAUAGCGUUGUUAAGGAAAGUAACGUGCAGGCGGUAUUAGAUGAUGAAUUAUUAACAAUAAGACAAAAUUUAAAUCGCAUGAAAGAAGAAUUUAAAAUAUUAACGGAAAAAUUUGAUCAAGUACAAGAUGAAAAUGCAUCUCUGAAAAAUAAAAUGCAAGAUCAAAACUAUUUGAAAGGUGUUCUUCAAAGCAAAUCAAGUUUUAUUGCAGAACUGAGAAAAACUGUUUUACAUCAAGAAGAACUUAUUGCAUAUCAAAAAACGGCUAUAGAAAAUUAUUAUAAGGAUUAUGGAUAUUUCAAUUGUAGCGAAAAUUCGGGAAGAAAAAACAAAGCAAGGUUAAAACGAAAUCAAACGUUUGCAUUCGGAAAAAAUAUUUUUGAUGCCGAAGACGAAAAAGUCUCUCUUUUAACUUUUUCCAAUUUACAGAAGCUUUGGAAAGCAGAAGAAGAAAAGAAAAAGUUGGUUCAGCAAAUUGAAACAUUACAAAAAUCUCAUAAAAAUGAAUUAAGUAAACUACGAGAGAUUUAUUUGAAGCGUGUGUCACAGUCACAACAGCAAAUGGGUGACGUUGUUGCUCAAUUAAAACAAAAACUAAAGGCUUUAACAGAAAAAAACAAAGCAAACAGUGACCACAUAUUGUCAUAUCAAAAACCAAGUGCCUAUGAAACUAAUGAGAAGAAUAAAAAAGAUAAGGAAGAUUUGAAAAUAACGUCACCUGAUUUAUUAUUAAAAAUCCCUAGUUCCACAGCUUCAAUUUUCGUUCCUGUUACCGCUUUUCAAAAAAACCACGAUUCGAUUACAUUCCAUGUCACUUUUCCGGCUCAAAAGAUUUAUGUUUGUCCAAAAAAUAAAACGAUAGGUAUUAUUUCUGAUGUUUCGGAAACUUCUUGUGAAAUCAAUUCGUGCAUGUUAAAUAUUGAAAACCUACCUUGAUA